AUGUCCUUCCUUUACCACCUCUGUAUCAGCAGGCUCCGACGAAAGCGCACGUUUCUUAUUCGGCGGCGCGUCCCCAGCCUCUGCUUGUGUGGCGUCACUAUCAAUUUGCUGUGCACGCUUUCGUUUCUUGGAGGAGCCUUGCUGUUGCUGGCCCUGACUCUUCGUUGUUCGAGCACGUUUAGCCGGCUUCGCACCAGGCUGUGCAUCGGCACUCUUGCCAUCCUUGAGCGGAACAGCGGAGGUCGUGUCUUCGCCCUCAUCCGGGUGUACACGUUUCCUCUUGCCAGGCUUCUUCUCAGUAGCCCCAGCAGAUUCCUUGGCUUGGCGCCGCUCAUUCACGCCCCGACGCUUUUUGCUCGGGGCGCAUACGUCUUGCCCUUCAGCGCUAGGCUCCUUCCUUGGCUCGUUAGGACCAUCAUCCACAAGAGCUGCUGA